AUGUCGGACCUCGAUCACUUUGACCUGGUUCCCAUCGCCUUCAACAGCGAAUCCCGAACCGUCUCGACGGGGCGGACCUCGCGCGCGCUCAACGCCGAGCUCGCGACGCUCAACGAGCUGCACCGGGCCAUGCUGGCGCUGGACACGCCCGGGCAGGUACCGCCGCCGCCGAUCCCCGUGAACCCGAAGCGCACGGCGCAGGUGACCAAGAUGCGCGACAACGGCAACAACGAGUACCGCAAGCAAAAGUACGACGAGGCGGUCAAGAUGUACUCGCUGGGCAUCCAGAUGGCGCUGGGGCGGCCGCAGUGGGAGCCGAGCGCGCUCGUGCGCGAGGAGGUCUCGGGCCUCCUGGCCAACCGCGCGCAGGCGCACAUGGCGCUGCUCAACUGGCCCGAGGGCGCCGUCGACGGGCUGGCGAGCGUCGAGGCGCGGAGGGUCGGCAACGCCAAGGCGUGGUGGCGCAGAGGACGGUGCUUGUUCGAGAUGGCCCGCCUGGAGGAGGCGAGGGAGUGGGUGAAGGAGGGGCUCGAGGUCGAGGGCGAGGAGGCGGACCUGGUGAGCCUGCUCAAGGAGAUUGAGGCGAGAAUUACGAAGCAAAAGGCGGCGCUGUAG